AUUAGAGGGAGUGUGGAGUGUCCCGCACAGUACGGAACUGAGUCAACGUAUUUUUCAGAUUCUAGAAGGGGUAGGACGCAGGCUGGGCGGCUGGCCCCCGCAACAAGAGAGACACACAAGUCCGCUACUUCCCUGGCUGAACCGAUCAACUAUCGCAAUCAAUUGAUGUCUUCAGAUGCAAUUUAAGGUUUCCCUGUGCAUUUAGUUGGUUCGAUUCGCAGUUGGUCGUCCAAAAAUUACUACCCGACAAGAUGACAGACGGUUCGGUGGCCGACACUCGCCGGUUGAAUCCCAAGCCCCAGGAGCUGUCGGAUGCUUACGGCCCCCCCAGCAAUUUUCUGGAAAUAGACGUUUAUGAUCCACAAACUGUUGGAGCUGGACGCAAUCGUUACACAAACUACGAAGUUCGCAUGAGGACAAACCUUCCCAUUUUCAAACUGAAGGAUUCCUGUGUGAGAAGAAGAUACAGUGACUUUGAGUGGUUAAAGAAUGAGCUGGAAAGAGACAGUAAGAUUGUAGUACCAUCUCUGCCGGGCAAAGCCCUGAGCAGACAGUUGCCAUUCCGCACAGACGAGGGCAUUUUUGAGGAGUCUUUCAUCGAGGAGCGGCGAUCGGGUCUGGAGCAGUUCAUUAACAGAAUUGCAGGUCACCCCUUGGCCCAGAGCGAGCGCUGUCUUCACAUGUUUCUGCAAGAGGAAGUCAUUGACCGUAACUACGUUCCUGGAAAAGUAUGAAUGAAAUAAUACAGACUGCUGCACCUGCCCCAUGUACAUUUAUUUCGACUUCACGUCAUUAUAGAGCGGGUGGAAAUGUCAGAACUGAUAAGUAUCAACGGUGCAGGAAAAACACAACUAUUGCUCCUGGACAAAACUAAGAGAUCCAAUGUAUAAAUUGUUUGAUGUUGUGUCCUUAUUCAGUCAUUCCACAUACAGUAUGUACAUUAUUUUUGAUUCAGUAAUCAGUGAAAAAGAAAACAUGGUCCAUGUAUCCUAUUGUCAUAGCUAGACUUUUUAUUUUUUACAAUGAUUAUUAUGUUUUUCUGAAUGUCUUUUAAAUUGAUUUGAUCCAGUUUAAAAUGAGGAUAAUUUUCUGCUUUGAUUAAUGUCUUCAUUUGCUAGCAGAGUUGUGAUUUUGAUGAUAACCUCCCAAAGUCGAGCAACAUGUAGCAUCAUGAAAAAGAGCGACAUUUCAUUUCCGGUCAAUAUACUUUGCCCUGAGUUAAAUGCUCUGAACAUGCUCUUAGACAGGAUUGUUUCAUGAUUAAUUGUUUUUACUCUGCUUUCUUAGUCCCAUCAUCAUGCCUACACUUUGGCUGUGUGUUGUCAAAUCAGCUAUUGGGAAUGUUAAGUUAGGUAAAUAACCAUAUCUAAGCACUGUGACAAGAGGUUCAUUAUAUGAACAAUAUUUCAUUGUUAAAAGGCGUAAUCAGCAUCUGGUUUAUUGAUCUGAAAUAAGGCUUAAUUCUGCGCUUAUUUUCAGCCAGUUUAUCCUUUCUAUCAAUAUUAAUGUGAGGUGUAUUAAUACAUGUUAUCAUUGCAGUUUCACAAUGGGUGACGAGGAACUUCCUUGUUAUUUCUGUCCACCAAUUAAAUUUCCUGCUGCCUGCUG